AUUCCUUUUUCCUGGUGAGGUCAAUCAGCUCAUCUUUCUUCCCUGCAAUCAACAAAAAAAAACCCAGAUCCAAAAAAAAUGAAGAAGAAGAAGAACAAGAAGUUGAAGAAUGAUCCCAUCUUCGCAACUCAAGUACUACCCUCCAACUUCAACCAAGAAAUCGACCUUCUUCGUCACAAGCUACACUCGUUUCCAAACAUCUCCAUUGAUACUGAGUUCAAAGGUUUAAAGCGAGUCAUAACUCGUGAUCUUCCAGAUCUUGAGAUUUACGAAGGUCUUAAGAACAACGUUUCCUACACUAAUUUGCGCGAAAUCGGAAUCACGGUGUCCGACAACGGCGGCGUUAUAGGCGGGAUUUGGCGGUUUGAUUUCAUACCUUCUAAAAAAGCUCGAAUAGUUGAGUGUGACUGUAUUCCUUUGAGUGAUGAGUUCAUGGAGAAAUUCAGGAAGGUUUGGGUUGAUUUCCAUGGAAAAGUGAAGUGGUUUACCUUUUCGAGUUAUGUUGAUAUUGCGUACCUUGUUGCAUUACUGGAGAAACAACCAUUGCCUAAUUUGAUUACGAGGUUAAAGAAACAAGAAUCAGACGAAGAAGAAGAUGGGUUUGUUGAGCUUGUGCAGAGGUGGUUUGGAAGAGUGUAUGAUCUUAAAGUUAUGGGAAAACAUCAAGAGGUGUUUCUGGGUAACAAUAAGUUUUUAGGGUUGGAGAAACUUGCGGAAAUGAUUGGUGUUAAACGCCUUGGGAAAGAACAUGAUGCUGCUUCUGAUAGUUUGUUGACUGCAGAAAUACUGAGAAGAUUCAGGGAAAAUAAUUGGGUUUCUGAUUCUGAUUCUGAUGAAGGGUUUUUGUACUUGCUUUCUUACAGAGUUUGCUAUGAUCCUAAAAUGGUGGUUGAUGAAAUGAAGUUUGCAGUGGAGAAAAGGGGCAUUCAAGACAACAAAGUGUAGAUGAUGGAUUGAUGGUGAAAGAUCAAGAAAAGAAAAGUUCAGGCAUCUUCUUCUUCUUCUUCUUCCUGUAAGAAUUUACUGUAAUAGGCAAAAGGGGCCAACAAAAAGGUGCCAGUAGUAAGAAAGAGUAGCUGAAAUGAGGUUUAGAGGGUGAACUUUAGAAUGUUUAUAUUUCGAAUGUUUCAUGGAAGUUGUACAAAUUAAGGAAUCAUUGGCAUGUAUGAACACAGUUAUACAAAUCAAUGAACUAUAUUAUCAGCAA